GACUCAGAGGUUGCAGCAGGCAAUAGGGACUGUGUUGCUAACACAAGGAAGUUACAUGCUGCUGAUUCCUCCAGGAUUGGCGAGAUCUGUCGGUAAAAGAAGCAUCAACAGAAAGGAACCAUUCCAGGCAAAUUCUUUGGUUAUUAUUGAAAUAAUUAGUUUUCUUCUGGAGAAAAAAGCCUUGCUCCUGAAGCAACACUGCAAACAGUUACUGUGCACAUCAGAUGUGGAUGAAAUUGUGACUUAUUCGGCAUGUCCACGGUCAUGGCAGAACAGGAUUUGCCAGGUCUUCUGAUUAUGGGUAUUGGAGGAACUCAUGGUGUGCAAGAAAGCCUUGCAGCGCUUCUGAAGAAACACUUCAGUGUUAUCACCAUGAAAGAACUUCUUGAAAACAAGAAAGAAGUGGGGAAAAAAAUCCAAUGCAUUUUUGUGUCUGAGUUCAGGCCAACUAUUGACCAGGAGCUUCUAGAAAGCCUGCCUAAUUUAAAGGUCAUUGGAAACUCUGGUGUUGGAGUGGAUCACUUAAACUUGAAAAUGAUUUCUAACUUCGGUGUAAGAGUGACUAAUACCCCACACGCCGUUGCUGACUCAACAGCAGACAUGGGAAUGGCAUUAAUGCUGGCAUCUGCCAGAAGACUAGUGGAAGGCUCCCAGAUAGCAGUUUCUCCAGACACGAACUAUUUUGCUGCUGACUGGCUGGGAGUUGAAGUGACCAGGGCGACUCUUGGGAUCAUUGGGAUGGGCAGAAUCGGGUAUAAAGUGGCUCAGAGAGCCAGAGCCUUUGAAAUGAAGAUCCUGUACCACAACAGGAACCGCAGGAGCCAGGAGGAGGAGCAGGCCGUUGGUGCCUGCUACAGUGAGAUGGAAGACUUGCUGCAGCAAUCUGACUUUGUUAUGCUGGUUGUGAACCUGACGCCUCAGACUGAAAAACUGAUUGGGAAAAAGGAGCUGGGGCUGAUGAAACCCACAGCCACUCUUAUAAACAUCAGCCGAGGUGCAGUUAUUGAUCAAGAUGCAUUGGUGGAAGCUCUCCAGAAUAAGACUAUUAAGGCUGCUGCUCUGGAUGUGACAUACCCUGAGCCUCUGCCAAGGAGCCAGGAGGAGGAGCAGGCCGUUGGUGCCUGCUACAGUGAGAUGGAAGACUUGCUGCAGCAAUCUGACUUUGUUAUGCUGGUUGUGAACCUGGCGCCUCAGACUGAAAAACUGAUUGGGAAAAAGGAGCUGGGGCUGAUGAAACCCACAGCCACUCUUAUAAACAUCAGCCGAGGUGCAGUUAUUGAUCAAGAUGCAUUGGUGGAAGCUCUCCAGAAUAAGACUAUUAAGGCUGCUGCUCUGGAUGUGACAUACCCUGAGCCUCUGCCAAGGAGCCAGGAGGAGGAGCAGGCCGUUGGUGCCUGCUACAGUGAGAUGGAAGACUUGCUGCAGCAAUCUGACUUUGUUAUGCUGGUUGUGAACCUGGCGCCUCAGACUGAAAAACUGAUUGGGAAAAAGGAGCUGGGGCUGAUGAAACCCACAGCCACUCUUAUAAACAUCAGCCGAGGUGCAGUUAUUGAUCAAGAUGCAUUGGUGGAAGCUCUCCAGAAUAAGACUAUUAAGGCUGCUGCUCUGGAUGUGACAUACCCUGAGCCUCUGCCAAGAAAUCACCCUUUAUUGAAAUUAAAUAACGUCAUAAUAACCCCACAUAUUGGAACUGCAACAGUUCAAGCCACCCACAUGAUGGCAGAAGAAGCAAUAGCAAAUAUGCUGUCUGUUCUCAACUGUCAACCCAUUCCAAGUGAAGUGUUUCCCCAGUGAUUUGCACCAGACGACAGUGCUAAAUCUCUGACUUGUGAGGAGGCACAAUUUCAUACAGGACCACUGUUUAAAAACAAAACAAAACAAAACAAAAAAACAAAAAAAAAACAAAGAGAGAGCAGCUUUGUUCCAGCACAGCUCUUUUUGUCAGUAUACUGCAAGGCUGUCAACUCACUCAGCUUACUCUGUACUGGCAUUUACAAAAUCAAAACAAUGAAGUGGAACAGCUAAAACUGUUUUGUUUGAAUACUUUGAUGUCUUCAUGAAUGAUUUCUACAGGGUUCCAUUAAUGAGUGCUGGUCCCUUUUCAAGCACCAUCUCUUUUUGAAAAGGACGGGAACUGGCAAUUGCAAUAUGUCAGAAGUCAUGCAAGCGAGCACAGGAUGGGCUUGGCUUGAUCUUCUAGAGAUGAGGUGGAAAAUCAGUGUCUAGCAAACGGAAGUAAGGUCAGGUGACAGGAGUGAACUACAGAUACGCUGUUCACCUCUGCGGGAAGAGUAUUCAUGUGGCCAAAGCUCAACUAGAGUUGCAGGUGGCCUGUACUGUGGGAGACAGAUAUUAAAAGCACGUUUUAAAUUACGUCAAUAGCAAGAGAAAGAUCAGAUUUUUCUGUGACUUACUGGAAAACACACAGAAGACGGGAAAAAGCAGCCCAAACUGAAUUGACAAGAUGUUGUCUCAGAACUGACUUACAGCUGUUCAGCUGUUAAGCCUGGGCUCAGAAAGCCCCACUGCGUGAGCAUCUCACCUUUUGAGCACAGACAUUCCCUGCUUCAGCCAUGGAUCUGCCAGCAAUGUCAAGGGGCAGGCUGUGGAAGGGGCCACCUUCAACCCAGGCAAAGAAGCUGUUGGCAAAGCUGUCAGUGUGCAGAUGAUAUAGGCACACUCAUGACGCUAGAGAAGAUUCCCACUCCGAGAUGGAGCAGGGACUGGGCUUCCCUCCCCAUCUCCUCACGCAAGGUUCCUGCCUUGGAUUUUACCACCCUCACAGCACAUUGUGGCACCCAUGCAGCUCUGAGUAGCCCUGCCAGUGCAGGCCUAGGAACUCUAGGAAGGGGAGCACCUGGCUUUGCCAGGCACCCACAGUAAAGCGUGUGUUUCACAGUGA